AUGGCUUUCGAGCUUGACCGAUUACUCUUCGUCCAUGCAUUUAUAGUGUUAUUACACGUAGUAGCAUUUGUGGUGUCCUCCAAACCACAAGUCCCAUGCUACUUCAUUUUUGGAGACUCCUUGGUCGACAGUGGCAACAACAAUAAAUUGAAAACAAAGUGUAAAGUCAAUUACCCGCCAUAUGGGGUCGAUUUUCCUCAAGGUAAUACCGGCAGGUUUACGAAUGGUCGAACCUCAGCAGAUAUCAUCGGUCAACUUCUAGGCUUUGAUAAGUUCAUUCCAUCAUAUGCUACUGCAACUAACAAAGAAAUCAGCAUUGGAGUAAACUAUGGCAGUGGUGGUAGUGGGAUUCGGAAAGAAACGGGAAGUCAUAUGGGUGAUCGCUUCAGCAUGGAUAGGCAAUUACUUCAUCACAAGUCCAUAAUUUCACGAAUUUCACACUUGAAAAAGAAUACAAAAUUCCUAAGAAAAUGCAUCUACAUUGUAAAUAUAGGAAGCAACGAUUACAUCAACAACUACUUCAUGCCCGACCUUUACAAUACAAGCCACAUGUAUACCAAGCGUCAAUACGCAAAAGUACUUAUAAACCAAUACUCUGGACAACUAAAGACUUUGUAUAGUUUGGGGGGCAGGAAGAUUGCGGUGUUUAGUCUGGCUCCUAUUGGGUGUAGCCCAAUUUUUAUAAACAAAUUUGGCACAUAUGGCAAACCGUGCGUACAAAAGAUGAAUGAGGCAGUUACAUUAUUCAAUGAUAGGCUUAAAGCUCUUGUUCAUACACUUAACCAUAAGAAAUCAGAUGCAAAAUUCACCUUCAUCAACCUUGGGAGCAUUUUGUCACCUCUAGGAGAUGUGCCCAUGCCAAAUUCUCCAUGUUGUCUAGUAAGAAAAGAUGGACAAUGCAUUCCAAAGUCGAUUCCUUGCCCUAUGCGGUCUGUCUCUAUUUUCUUUGAUGGUUUACAUCCAACAGAAGUUUCGAAUAACAUCAUUGCAACAAGAUCAUAUUCUGGAGUUUCACAAAAGGACGCCUCCCCAUAUGAUAUAAGCCAAUUAGCUCAACUUUAA